AUGCGAGAGCACAGCUCAGAAGACAAUCUGGCCUGGGACAAGAGCGACGAGGCAUCGGAAAUAUCCCAGAAACGCCUUCGAAGGACGGGCACCAGCGAACUUGCAGCGUCCCUUGCGGCGCAGAAGUUCGGGAGGAAAGCAAGAUUCGAGCCCCCUUUGCUCAUCAGCGGAUACAACAUCUUGUACCGGAUCCAGGUUGAGGGACUGACUCCAGAUGUUUGUCAUGCGAGAAGACUCUACGAGAAGGAAACACACCGAGAUCCUCGUACUGGCAACAUCCUCGCAGGACCUACGCAGUUCAUCCUUGAUUGUCCUUGGUGGCUAGUCAUUGAAGUUCCAGAGAUGUGGAAACCGGACAUCGACGACUGGACCCAGGUCUACGACCUGUGGUUGCAGAUCUGGCUGUCGGCGCUAGAGACCGCCGAAAAGAAAAGAACGAAAUUGGCUCUGAAACUGUGCCUUUAG